AUGCCAGGGUUCAUCAUCCUCCAAGUCCAGCCUGUCGCUUCACUCUUGGUACUUGGCAUUUCCCCUAAGGGUCCAAUGAUGGAUCGACUGCUAAUUUGUCCAUUUGCUGCUGCCCAGUGCCCACAAGAUCCACCCUCUCUAGUAUUAUGGAGAGAGAAAAAGACUACGAAGUACUCUGUAGAGAAAGCCAAAAUUGGACCGUACGAUCCCAAUUAUUGUGAUAUUAUCCACAACUCCCCCGACUCCCAUCCCCAACCCCCUUCUCAUGGUCAAGUCUCGGUUUUCGAAUCCUUUGUCGUCUCCCUCUCAGCUCACAAGAUGACGAAAGACGUGUUUGCUGUUCCAAUCUUUUUCAUCUGUUUCCGAGAAUGCGUCGAGACCAGCAUCAUUGUCUCUGUGUUGCUCUCAUUCAUCAAUCAGACCUUGGGACGAGAGCAAGAUGCUACCGCACGUAAGAGGCUGAUCAGACAGGUGUGGUGGGGAGUUGCCAUUGGGUUGUUCAUCAGUAUUUGCAUCGGUGCUGGCAUGAUUGGAGCUUUCUACGGGUAUGGCAAGGAUCACUUCGCUGGUACGGAGGACCUGUGGGAGGGCAUCUUCUCCCUGAUAGCCAGUGUCAUCAUCACCAUCAUGGGUGCUGCACUGCUUCGUGUCACCAAGUUGCAGGAGAAGUGGCGCGUCAAGCUAGCUCAGGCCCUGGAAGCAAAGCCGUUGACUCGCGGCACAUUCAAAAGCAACCUCAAACUAUGGGCGGAGAAAUACGCCAUGUUUCUCCUCCCCUUCAUCACCGUUCUCCGUGAAGGUCUCGAAGCGGUGGUGUUCAUUGGAGGCGUCAGUCUCAGUUUUCCUGCAACCGCCUUCCCUCUACCUGUUUUUACCGGUAUUCUCGCGGGAGUGGCCAUUGGAUACCUACUUUAUCGAGGAGGAAACCAAGCCUCCCUCCAGAUCUUCCUGAUCAUCUCGACUUGCUUCCUCUACCUGGUUGCUGCCGGCCUCUUCUCCCGAGGCGUCUGGUAUUUGGAGAAUAAUACUUGGAACCACGUAAUUGGUGGUGAUGCUGCAGAGACAGGUGCCGGCCCGGGAUCGUAUGACAUCCGACAAAGCGUCUGGCAUGUAAACUGCUGUAGCCCGCUCGUUAAUGGUGGCGGAGGAUGGGGUAUCUUCAACGCCAUCCUUGGCUGGACGAACUCGGCAACCUAUGGCUCCGUCCUUUCAUAUAACCUCUACUGGAUUACUGUGAUCGUCUGGUUCGUGGCUAUGCGUCACAAGGAACGCCACGGACAUUUGCCUGUGGUCGACCCUCUGCUGAACCGGCUGCGAGGCCGAAAGUCUGCCGAACCUCGAAACGGACGGCAAGACGUCGAGGUCAGCGCGGUACCAUCUGAUUUGGAGACAGAGUCAAAAGUACCGAAAAGCGGAGCAUCCCUUAUAUGA